AUGGGCCACUCUCGCCGCGUGUACUGCAACAUCGAAACCUGUCGAUACAACCGCAUAGGGUUCGACAAAAAGACCGCGCUUGACAAACACAGUCAGAAUUUCCACGAGGUAAGCCGUUACUUCCCCGUUCCCCCCAAGAUUCGACGAGUCGCCAAGGCGAAAGUAUUUCGACUUCUACUUAGGACAAAAGAUGAUUCUCUCGAACACAGUCAGCCUCAAUCUAUCCAGGGUAUCGCCGCUCAGGAAGGUCAACAACCCAUUGAACGGCUACAAAAGACGCAGUAUGAAGGUGCUUUCUCUCAGAGUCAGGGCGAAGAAGUUGUUUCGGCUAGCAACAACCAGCUUGAUGCAGCCGUAAAUAUCCAAGAGAUGAAGCAUCAGCCUACGAACCUUGCCAACUAUAGCCAAUUCGUCAGGUAUUAUCACGUCCAGAAGCAGCAGGGCGAAUUUCUUCAGGGAUGGCAGAACUCUAUUGCCCCAGAAGAACGUGGCCAGCUUACUUCUCAAUUCUUUACUCAGUUCCGGCUGCUCAAGCCGGAGACACCAGAACAGCAAGCUGUGCGUAUCGCGCUCAACUAUGAGACCCAAGAGUUCAUGCAAGCCUCGGCAAAGGAUCCGUAUGUCGCAGAAAUAAAGCAGAAAUUGAUACAAAUGACUGCUGUACGACAACAACAAUUACAGCGCAUGCAGAACAACAGGCUUAUGAACAAAACGAAUCCUGGGCAAAUGAACCCUAUGGGCCAGGCUUGGUCUCGAAUUUCUCAACAGAGCAUGCCACAAUGGACUAGUUGUGGAAGGAUUGAGACAAAGGGUAGCCAUAAAUGCCGCGACGAUGCAACAACAGUCUGCGAUGCGACAACUUCAGCGCCAGGCGCAAGCUCAAGCUCAAGUAGACUGGCAACCUCGCCAUUGAAUCAAAUGGACACCAUGGAACUGGGUAUACCUCAAGGUUUUCAAGAGAACACACAGCAACAGUUCGACUUAGGCUUUCCUGACGCUCCACUCCAACGGCCCAAUAAGAUGUUCUCAUCGGCCUUGAACGAUGGCACAUCCGACCUUAAUCAAGAUCGGUCAAAUCAGCAUCACGACUUGCAAAAACUGCAGCGAGACGAAGCGUUCAUCAACCAGCUAGCCAAGAGGUUGUUGGAUAGCUGCGGGCCUGACAUUCGUGCAAAAUUCCAAUCAGAAGUCAACGUGUGGCCUGAGGAAACGAAAGUCAAACUGCUCUCGCAGGAAUUGACCCUCUAUACUAUCGCUUCCGACAGCACGCCGAAAAGCUAUACAGAAGUGGUAAAGUUCAGCUUCCAAAAUGGCAAGAUCCUCAACAGAGCACACCGCAAAGUAUCAAUCCCUUGGAUAGGUUACACAACCAAAAUGAUCAACCUUGGAACCCCCCGUCAAGGGAACAUUAUGCAGUUCCAUCUGGGUCACAGCAGAAUCUCUAUCAGGAUCCUCAACAGAGCACACCACAAAAAAUCGACCGCAUAA